AUGCCACCAAAGGUCCAACGCAUCCCCAUCCAAGCCGCGACGUCCUCGCGGCGCUCGGCCCCUAAGGGCUAUUUCGCAAGCACGUACAACACGUUGACAGCGCCCGAGAACGCGAGCGUGGUGCGCAGCGUGGCUGUUUUUGGGGCGGCUGUUGCGUUGUUCGCUAGUAGUUGGAGUGAAUUUCUUUUGCCGCCGUUGUAG